ACCCGGCAUUUGCCGCCUGGUGCGUGGUGGUGGUCGGCGAAUUUUUUGGCGGUCGCCGCGCGCGAUUUGCCGAGUCGAGGCGGAGGAAACGGCGGCGGCUUUCUCAGCCCGACGCUUUCGAGACUCGCGUCGCGGCUUCUCGCGUGUGCGAUAGAGGAGGAGAGAGGGGGUGAGUGACACGAGAGAGAGACGCCGCCUGGUGCGUGCUGUGACUCGUGAUGGCAAAACGGAUUGCAGACAGGGAGCUUAACGACCGCAACUGGAACGACGAGGACGAUGUGGAAGAGGCAGGAAGUUUCUCGGUCGCAAAUGAAGAUGUUCUGAAAGGCCGAGCCAUCAAAAAAGCCCGGCGGAGGGUGGGGGGGGAUACAUCAGAGUCCGCAAAGACAACCUUCAAGGGCUUCGGAGGGUUGGUGACCUCCAGCGCAUCUGGGUUCGGGUCCUUGAGUUCUGGGUUUGGUGGAUUUAAGCCUCUCGCGGGGCUGGCGAAUGGCAGCACAGUUGCCUCAUCGGCGCUGCCCACGACUCCCAGCAUGAGUGCAGCCGGAAAGUCGAGUUUCCACUCCAGCGGCGGCGCCCAGACGAAGAUCAGUCCCUUCAGCCAGGCGUCUUCGAAUUUGAAUGGCGAGAGCCCAGCCCUGUCGUCGUCCAGCACUCAGACUGCGCUCGCCCAGGCAGCCGGCAAAGGUUCGCCAAAAACCGGGAGCAGCACAGCGGAUGCCUCGCAGUCGACAGCACUCGCCUACAGCAGCAGCCACAGUGACCACAGCGGGAGCGGCAGUGGCAGCGAAAAGGGCACGUACAACCACCAGCUGCGUUCGCUGAACUACUCGGUGCGCGACUGGAUUGUGAAGCACGUGAACGGCAAUCCGCUGUGCGACCUCACCCCCGUGUUCCGUGACUAUGAGAGGCACCUGGCCGAAAUUGACCAGAAGUACAGUGGCGAGAGCGGCUCGGACAGCGACGGCGCUGCCAAGCUGUCCCGGAACGCCGAGUCACCAAAGGCCGCGGUGCCCAGCUUCCAAGGUCUUCAGGCGGCCAACGCCACUGCAGGCUCCACGACCGCCAGCAACAGCAGGCAGAGCUCGGCCGCAUCUUUUGCGAUUUCCGGAAAGUCUGCCGCUCCCCUGGCUGGGAGCGCAACUUUUAGUUCUGUCAAGACCUCGGGCAAAGCUCCAUUUGGCACCGCGUCUGGUACUGGCAACCCGGCACUGCCAACAUUUUCAUUCACAAAUGCUGGGUUUGGUUCUACACCAGCGGUGCCAGGAUUCAGCUUCUCUGCAUCGUCUGUGCAAAAGCCACUUGCCCAGGAGUCUGAAGAGCAGGAAGGAGAGGACGAGGAGCCUCCAAAGCCCGUUGUGAAUGAAGUGAAGGAGAGCGACGCCUUCUACUCAACGAAGUGUAAGCUCUUCUACAAGAAGGGUGAAGAAUUCAAGGAGAAAGGAGUGGGAAUGCUGCACCUGAAGCCGAUGGAGAACAAAAAGACCCAGCUUCUGAUCCGAGCUGACACCAGCCUGGGCAACAUCUUGCUCAACGUGCUGCUGCAGCCGUCCAUGAUGUGCACGCGCACGGGCAAGAACGUGCUACUGAUGUGCGUGCCCAACCCGCCGGUGGACGAGGGCAGCAAGGACGCCGUCGUCCCCAUGCUGAUCCGCGUGAAGACGGGCGAGGACGCCGACGAGCUUCACCGCGCUAUCGACGACAAAAAGGGCUCGUAGCUGCUGUCACGUUUGUGUGUAGGCGUGUGUACGCGUAUGCAUGGAGA